AUGGCCUUUUUGUUUAAAUCGAAAAAAGCCCAACAGGGCACUGCGCUCCCUCCGGCGACGAGAAAUGUUCACACCUCCGAGGGAUCUCCUUCAUCCGCGACGCCGCCCCUGUCCAACGGACCCAAGGUCGAAGGAAAUGCUUUUGCGCAGACCCCGACUCCCAGCAGCAGUUACAACAACUCUCUCAACUCCGCCACCAGUCCGACUAGCCCGGAUCCCGUGAGGUUGCGACAACGUGCCGAGUCGGAAUCUCAGGUCCAACGACCGCCGCAGGGCCCCAAUGGUGUGCCUCCGCACAGUCCGAACUCGUCCCUAUACCCAUGGUCGCAACGUCGUCUCAAUUUCUCCACACCCCAAACGAACCCCUUCCCCCGCUAUGGCGCCGCCAUCAAUUCAGUCGCUUCGAAAGAGGGCGAUAUCUACAUGAUGGGAGGCUUGAUCGAUGGCUCGACCGUCAAGGGUGACCUAUGGAUGAUCGAAAGCAGCGGUGGCAGCUUGUCUUGCUUUCAGGUUGCGACAGUGUCAGAAGGACCCGGCCCCCGAGUUGGUCAUGCCAGCUUACUUGUCGGAAAUGCGUUCAUCGUCUUUGGCGGUGAUACCAAGAUCAACGAAACCGACGCCCUGGACGAUACUCUAUAUCUUCUAAAUACAUCUUCACGCCAAUGGUCUCGGGCCAUCCCUCCCGGCACCCGUCCUUCCGGUCGCUACGGGCACACAUUGAACAUUCUUGGCUCCAAGCUUUACGUCUUUGGUGGACAGGUUGAGGGUUUCUUCUUCAACGAUUUGAUCGCAUUCGACUUGAAUCAGCUCCAAAACCCGGCAAACAAGUGGGAAGUCCUUGUUGCCAACAGCCAUGAGGGGGGCUAUAACGAGAAAUUAUACUUAUUUGGUGGAACAAACGGCGUGAAGUGGUUCAACGAUGUCUGGACUUUUGAUCCCCGAGCUGGUGUCUGGACUGAAAUGGACUGCGUCGGUUUCAUCCCGACUCCUCGAGAGGGCCAUGCAUCAGCCUUGGUCAAUGAUGUGAUGUAUGUAUUUGGUGGUCGUACUGAUGAGGGAGUUGAUCUUGGAGAUUUGUCCGCGUUCCGGAUUUCUACGCGCCGCUGGUACUCUUUCCAGAACAUGGGACCCGCUCCGUCCCCACGGUCCGGUCAUAGCAUGACUGCCUUUGGUAAACAGAUCAUUGUGAUGGCUGGUGAGCCUAGCUCGGCUCCAAGAGAUGCCGCGGAGCUCAGCAUGGCGUAUAUUCUCGAUACCUCAAAGAUAAGAUACCCCAACGACUCUCAAUCAGCCGAUCGUGGUGCAGUAUCCGGUGUCAGAAAAGCCAGCAUAGAGAAACAAGGCACUCCAUCGGGUCGGACAUCUCGCGAGGCUCACAAUGCGACACCCGAUCAAGGGGCCCGUCGUGGGCCGACUCCCUCACGCGAAAGUCUAGUGCAGUCUGCAAAUGGUAGACCUGGUGACUUCGGCUCCAAUCCCAACCUUGGACCAGGAUCUCGACUUCCUCGAGCUUCCAUUGCACAAGCGCCCUCUGGUCCACCACCCCCCGGACAAGCCCCAUCUCCAGGGCCUCGUCCCAACGGGCCCCAGUCUGGACCUCGGAGCAAGACGCCCACCAAGAAUGAACGCGGCCACACGCCAACUGUCGAUAUUCGAGUUGCGAAUGCUGAUAGAGGUGCCGAAUCGCCCGUCGCAAAGGAUAACCAGGAUAGCUCCGCCUCGUCCGGUCAACGCACCCCAACUCAGCAACAACAAAAGAUCAAUGCCAAGGCUAUGGAGGCAGGCGAAGCGGCCCCUCUAAUCGCCCCGGCGCGCCAACGGUCACUGCGUUCGCAUCGUCAACGUGGCUCGAUGGAUAGUGCAGAAGAGUCGGUUCUUGGACGUCAAGCUAGCAUUGACGGCUCAAUUGAAUCUCGAAGCUAUCGCAACUCUCGAAGCCUUGCUGAUGAACCUCGAUCGCCACGACUAACCCCUCACCAAGAGGCCUUGAUAAAAGAACUCGAGGCCGCCAAGGCUCGAAAUGCUUGGUACGCUUCUGAGCUAGCACUGGCGAGAAAGGGUGGAUAUGUACCCAAUGCUUCAAGUAGUCCCGCCCUCGAUGAUCGUGCCAGAGAUUCGCUAAAUGACGAGGACCGUCCUUUGGUCGAGGCUUUCCUGGCAAUGCGGGCAGAGUUGAGCAAAAUGCAGACAACGGUGGACCGCCAAGCAGCCAUCGCUUCCAAACGCAUUGCCGAAGUUGAGCAUCAGCGUGACGUGGCUGUAAACGAGGCAGCUUAUUCCCGCGCCAGACUUGCUGCUCAUGGCGGCAGUCAACGUGGAACGCCCCAGCCUGAAGCUCCUCGCGAGGGAGAAGAUGAGCGACCUACCGACAUGGGUCGUCGCCUUGCACUGGCUCUAGCAUCCCAGUCUGAGCUCAAGGCCAAAUUGGAUAUUUUGACAACAGAUCUAUCGCAAGAGAGGCAAGCGAAAGAGCUGGCAGAAGAUACCAACGAGGCCACUCGGAAGCGCCUGGCAGAGCUCGAAAUGUCAAACAAUGCCCUGGAGGCGGAGAAUCUUCGUGCUGAGCUCCACCGUGCCGAAGCCACUGCUCGGGAAGAGUCUUUGCUCCGUUCUGAAGCGGAAGCUUCCCUGCGACAGAUCACCCUGGAUAAGGAGGAGCUUUUGACCCAGGUUGAGGACCACUCGGGCCGUUUGAAGGACUUUGGAAGUAAUUUUGGUGGCCUUCGAGAAGCAGUCGCCGCAUCUGCCGCCAAAGCAGCAAUUGUUGAGAAGCAGUUAGGCGAGGAAAGAGAACGCCGCGAGGGCUUGGAGAAGAAACUUCUGCAACUUCGAUCUGAGUACGAGGAGCGAACCACCGAGCUUGAAAAUGUCAAUUGCCGUCUUCGUGAUGCCGAGGAGUUAGCUGAGAGUCACGCUAAGGAAGCAGAAACCCACAAGAUGGCCUUUGUAUCCGGCCUCGAGCGUGCUUCCUCGACAGAUCUGGAAGCUUCCAUCCGAUCCCGAGCUGACCAGAGGGUUGCCGCCCUUGAGGCUCAGAUUGAACGGUCUUCGACCCUUGCGAAGGCUAAUCAGGCUGCUGCCGAUUCCGCUGCUGACAAAUUACGUCGCGCUGAGGAGCGGAUUGCCGGACUCGAGGCUUAUCAAGAACAGGCUAGUCGAGAAGGCUUGCAACUUCGCCGACAGCUUCAAAGUGCUAUGAAGGAGAGCCAAGCAGCAACUGCAGAAAGUAGGGACUUGAAGACCCAGCUGGAAUCUCAACAACGGGAAGCUGGUGCCCUGAACGUUCAACAUGCGGCUCUGAAGGAUCUGCUUGGCGAGCGUGGCAUCAAUCCUGAUAGCCGUCGGUCUCCCCGUCUCGAGUCCCCUGGAUCCCGCUUUGGAACUCCAGAGCAGAGCAGGUUACGAGAGCUUGAGCAACAGCUAUCUCAUAGCAUGAAGGCUCACGACGAUAUGAAAUCCGGCUUCGAGUCUCGAGAGCAGGAAGCGGACAAGGCAUUCCGAGAGAAGCUAGAGCAGCUUGAGAAUGAUUACCAGUCCGCUGUGCACUAUGUGAAGGGCACCGAGAAGAUGCUCAAACGCAUGAAGGACGAAUUGAGUCGGUAUAAGACACAGAAUGCCAAGAUGCAGUCUGAAUUGGAAGCUACUCAGAAGAACGUGGAGGAUACUAGCAACCAGUCAAAGAUCUCUGCUGAAUGGGAGGUCGAACGCUCCCGCCUGCAGAAGUCCAUCGCAGACCUUGAGCACAAUACUUCUUCUUCUCUUGGAAACCUGGAGGAGCAAAUAUCCGAGCUGAAGGCGCAGCUUGUGGCUGCUGAGACCGAGAAGGCGAGUGCACAGAAUGAGCAUAAGCGCAUGAAGGAAGAGAUUAUGUCUACUGCGGAGCGCAGUCGCGCCGAACUGGAUCAGCUGAAGCAAGAAAACACCCAGCUCGAAACCCGCGCCUCAGAUGCUGAAAAGAAAGUGAACAUGUUGUUGGAGCAAGUUGAGACUUCGGUGGGCCACUAUCGCCGUCAAUCACAGCAUGGACAGGGUCCUAACGGGAUCUCACGCAGUCAUAGCAACGCAUCUAGCAACACCGUCAGCGGUCGGCCACGAGCCGAUAGUAACGUCUCCCAGGAGUCCACCUCCUUCCCCGAUAACCGUGGCUCUAUGGCCUUGGAUUCUCUCGCCAACGAGCUAGAGGCCCUUCGCACCCACUGGGAGAGCACCAACCGCAACUAUCGCCUGAGUAGCCAGCUGGACCUGGAGCGGACUCCGACCAAGGAGAACAGCGAGGGACCUGCUCUAAUGAGCGACAGUCUAGCGGAUUGGAGACGACGACUGGAAGAGGAAGAGCGCGUGAGUCAGACCAAGCCGCUGAAUGUCAGCAAUGGUCCCUCCAAUGUGAUCUGA